GCGAAAAUAUUUGUCGUGAAUAAACUAGUUUGCCAGGAUUAAGCAGUAGAAUUUCUUCAAAGCGUGUUCGCUGUUUCGCUCUGCAUCAAACAUCUACCAGAACCGUAAUUUAUUGAGAUGCCGUCUUACACAGUCAACGUGAAAUGGGGCAAGGAAUGUUUCAAAAACGUCGAAGUCAACACGGACGAAGAACCGAUCCUAUUCAAAGCCCAACUGUUCACCCUGACCGGUGUGCAGCCGGAACGACAGAAAGUGCUCUGUAAAGGGAUCAACCUGAAGGAUGAAGAGUGGAACAUGCCCAUCAAGAGCGGUGCUACGCUAUUGUUGCUGGGCACGCAAGAAGCGGUUCCGCUGGAACCGGUAGAGAAACCGAAAUUCGUCGAAGAUAUGAACGAGAGUGAGCUGGCGACUGCGCUUGAACUACCGGCUGGUCUGGUGAAUCUUGGUAAUACCUGUUACAUGAAUGCAACACUGCAAUGUCUGAGAUCGGUACGUGAGUUGCGGGCUGCACUGAAAGACUACAAGGAGGAACUGAGCGGCCCAGCGACGGGAGCGAGUUCGCUAGAGUUUCCGCAAGCCAUCACGCUGUCGAUGAAAAGCCUGUUCGAAGAGAUGGAGCGAAGCGACACCAUUACGCCGGUGCUGUUCCUGCAACGGCUGCACGUUGCCUUUCCGAACUUUGCACAAACCGGCGAGAACGGCGCCUAUCGGCAGCAGGACGCGAACGAGUGCUGGUCGGAGGUGUUGAAAAUGUUACAGCAAAAGCUACCGGCCCAGAAGAGUACGAAUGAACAGUCGUUGAAGCAUAGCUCUUUCAUCGACCAGUGGUUCGGAGGCACGUUCGAUGUCGAGAUGAAGUGCACCGAAGCGGAAAACGAGCCGACGAGCAAAUCGAAGGAAAACUUUCUCCAGCUCAGCUGUUUCAUCUCCACCGAGGUCAAGUACAUGCACUCGGGAUUGCGAUUGCGACUUAAGGAACAGUUAACCAAAUUGUCCUCAACGCUCGGGCGUGAUGCUGUGUACUCGAAAUCGUCACUGAUAAGCCGGCUGCCGGCCUAUCUGACGGUGCAGUUUGUACGCUUCCAGUACAAGGGCAAAGAAGGAAUCAACGCGAAGGUGCUGAAGGAUAUCAAGUUUCCGGUGGAGUUCGACGCGUUCGAGCUGUGCACGCCGGCACUGCAGGAGAAGUUGUCCCCGGUAAGGGAAAAGUUUCAGGCAAUGCAGAACGCCGAGGUAGAACGCGCUCUCAAGGGCAAAAACAAAUCCAAGGCCGAACUGGAGAAGGAGAAACCGAAGACUGUCGCUCAGCCGUACUGCUUCGAGGAUGACCUGGGCAGCAACAACAGUGGCUACUAUACGCUGCAAGCCGUCCUAACGCACCAGGGACGCUCGAGCUCGUCCGGUCACUAUGUGAGCUGGGUACGCCAGAAGGAUGAUCAUUGGAUCAAGUUCGAUGAUGACCAUGUGUCACCGGUUGAUCAGGAAUCGAUUCUCAAGCUCUCGGGUGGCGGCGAUUGGCACUGCGCUUACGUGUUGGUGUAUGGCCCGAAAAUACUGGAACUCCCGAUCGAAUCCGGGGGCGAACCGACGGAAUCGGAAGCAUCGAGCGACAAGAUGACGGUUGAUGAGUAGAGUGCGUGGUGCCGCCGGGCCAGCGGUUCCUUCCGGUCAUUUAUGUCGGACUAUUAUUAAUUUUCUAAACAAAACGAUGAUUUUUACGCCGGAUAUUCCCGAUAUUAGAUUAUGGCUUUUGGUGGUGAAUGAUCGUUUUGAAUGAAAGGAGGUUGGCCCGAGUUACGUGCUUGUGCGGCUUGCCUUCGCAGCAACGCCGACGCCGUCGUGGCCGUGUGAUGAAAUAAAGA